AUGGCUAGUACUAGUAAAGCAUCAAAGAAGGAAUUGAAGCAAAAGGAGCUAAAACAGAAGGAAGAAGCUAAGGCUGCUAAGGCUGCCAAGGCUUCCAAACCUUCCAAGUCUGCUAAGGCCGCUAAGACUUCCAAGUCUACUAAGUCUGCUAAGGCUGCUAAGGUUGAAAGUGAAUCCUCUGACAGUUCUUCUGGCAGUGAUUCCGAUUCAGAAAGCUCCAGUGAUGACGAAGAUGACAAGAAGUCCAGUAGUUCUUCUAGUUCUGAUGAGUCUAGUAGUGAUGACGAAUCUGAGGAAGAGAAGAGUAAGAAGAAGACAUCUAAAAAGGAAGAAUCUAGUAGUGAAUCUGACUCCGACUCUGACUCUGAAUCUAGCUCUGAUGAAUCUGAAGAAGACAAGAAAGAAUCUAAGAAGGAAUCAUCUUCUGAUGAAUCCAGCUCUGACGAAUCUGAAGAAGACAAGAAAGAGUCCAAGAAAGAAUCAUCUUCUGAUGAGUCCAGCUCUGAUGAAGAAGAAGACAAAAAGGAUUCUAAGAAGGACUCAUCCUCUGAUGAAUCCAGCUCUGAAUCUAGCUCUGAUGAAGAAGAUUCUAAGUCUAGCUCCAGUUCUUCAUCUGAAGAAGCAUCAAAACCAUCUAAGCGUAAGGCAGAAGUCGACGAAGAACAAGAAGAAUCUUCCAAGAAAGCUAAGUUGUCUGGUGAACCAGCUACUAUCUUCGUGGGACGUUUGUCUUGGAACAUUGAUGAUCAAUGGUUAAAGAAUGAAUUUGAACACAUUGGUGGUGUUCAAAGUGCCAGAGUCAUCUAUGAACGUGGAUCAACCAGAUCUCGUGGUUACGGUUACGUCGAUUUCACUGAUAAAUCCUACGCUGAAAAGGCUGUUAAGGAAAUGCACGGUAAGGAAUUAGACGGUAGACCAAUCAACUGUGACAUGUCUACCAGUAAACCUACCGUUAACCCAAGAGAAGAUCGCGCAAAGAGAUUCGGUGAUAUGCCAUCUGAACCUUCUGACACUCUUUUCCUUGGUAACCUUUCCUUCAAUGCUGAUCGUGAUCAAAUUUACGAAUUAUUUAGCCCUCACGGUGAAGUCAUCUCUGUGCGUAUUCCAACACAUCCAGAGACUGAGCAACCAAAGGGUUUUGGUUACGUUCAAUAUGCCAGUGUGGAUUCUGCUCAAAAGGCAUUGGAAACUCUACAAGGUGAAUACAUCGAUAACAGACCUGUAAGGCUCGAUUUCUCCACACCAAAGACCGGUAACGGUGGUGGUAACAGAGGCGCACCAAGAGGUGGUGCCAGAGGUGGUGGUAACAGAGGUGGAUUCAGAACUGGUUCCGGUGCAAACUCAGCACCUUUGGGCAAGGGUAAGAACAGUGCUCCUUUCAAGGGAUCUAAGAAGACCUUUGAUUAA